AUGGAGGCCAUGGCUGAUAAGAGCCUAAAUGAAAAAAGAAAAAUAUUCGUUAAUUCAGUAUCUGAAGACACACUUAAUGUCCUAAGAGAAAAGGUGCCAAACCAAGAUGAGCUAAAAAAGGAAAAUGGUACAACUAUAAACAAAGCUUGUGACUUGACUGACUUUGUGAUUCCCAAAGAGUCCCACACCAGCCAAGUAUUGAUAUGCUAUAUCUGCAAGAGAGAUUCCACUCUUGCUUCCAAGUUGGGAUUUUCUUCAGGUAAGGCCACGGAGUUAGCGCUAAGGAGAUUUGUCACUCGCUCAGAGCACAGGACCUCAGAUAGUACAUUCUUGCUGUUCGUGUCUCAUGGCCUCCGGUAUACAAUCUGUGGGACUCAGCAUAGUGAUGAAAACCCAGAUGUGCUAUCUUAUGACACCAUAUUCCAGAUUUUCAACAAUCGCAACUGCUGCCAUCUAAAGGACAAGUCCAAGGUCAUUAUCGUCCAGGCCUGCAGAGGUGCAAACCCUGGAGAGGUGUGGGUCAGUGACUCUCCAGUGGCCUCAGCAGACAGCUCUGCAGAGUCUUCAGAGGACUUGAAGGAUGAUGGUGUCCACAAGACCCAUGUGGAGAAGGAUUUUGUUGGUUUCUGCUCCUCAACACCACAUAAUGUUUCUUGGAGAAGAGCAAGUGGUUCUCUCUUCAUCACACAACUUAUAAAUUAUACUCAAGAAUAUUCUAGGCGUUAUCACCUGACAAAAAUAUUUGUGAUGAGCAAAAAUGAACACAGAAGAUCAAACUGUCCACAAGAAUAUAUACAAAAGCACUUGAAAAUAUAA